AUGGAGAUCGAAGUGGACGAGGACGACGGCCCUCCGCCGGUGUCCCCGCCUCCCGUGGUGCCGCCGUCGCCCGCGCGGCGCGAGGACCGCACCGGGGAGCGGCGGCCCUCGAACUCGGUGGACGGCAGCGGUGUGUUGGGCACCCGCGGGAAACCACAGAAGGUGGUGGAGAAACCCAGCGCGGAAACCACGCGACUGUGGUAUUUGCUCCAGGAGAAGAAGACCAAAGCUUUUGGUGAUUGGUUGUCGCACUGGGAGGGGCAACGGGAGGUGAACAUCAAGGACAAAGCCUUCGGAUGGACCCCCAUCCACUUCGCAGCACACAAGGGCGCCUCGCAUUUCGUGAAGUUGCUGGCUGAAGGCAAAGCACAAUUAGACACGGCCUGUGGCGAGGGAAACACGGCCUUGAUGUGCGCGGCAAGACAGAACAACGUGAGCACAGUGUCUUAUCUGGUGGGCAAAAAAGCCAAUCUGAAUGCCGUGAACAACAAUGGCUGGAGCGCGUUGAUUUGGUGCGCCAUCAAUGGCUGCGAAGAGGUCGCUACGGCACUGCUGAGCGCGUCGGCCAACUAUUUGACGGCGGACAACGAGGGAAGGACCGCCUGCAUGUGGGCGGCACGACAUGGCCAUCUCUCCAUGGUGGAGACCUUGUUGGCCAACGGUUUGAAUCUGCUGCAGGUGGAUGACGCUGGGCUCACAGUGUACGACCACGCGCAGGAGCAGUUAGAGAUGCGGAGUUUGAUUGCUGCAGUCCAGCAGGUCAACGAAGAGCUGCAGCUGGCGGUUCGGAACAAUGACGUCGAUGGUGUCAAAGCAGCCAUCGAAGAGGGAGCGGAUGUGAACGUUCAAGAUGAGGACGGCUGGACUCCGCUGAUGUGGGCUGCUCUACAUCAAUCCUUGGACAUGGUGCAGCUGGUCAUCCGCCACGGCGCCAAUCCAAACCUGGUGGACGAGCGCGGAGAGGUGCUGCAGAUGCUCAGCACGGAUCACCUGGCGGUGGGCGAAUCGGUGAUCGAAAUCGUGAGCUGUAACAAGCGGCUGUUGGAACAUGCCAAGGCGGGUCGCUGGCAUGAGAUCGACCACGAGCUGCAGAUCGGCGCCUGGGUCAACGUCCGCGACGAGGCGCGGCGCACGGUGCUCCUGUGGGCGGCGCGCUCGGGCGCCUGCGAGGCGGUGACGAACCUGGUGAACAAGAACGCGGAUUUAGACGCCCGGGACGAGAGCGGUUGGCUGCCGGUACACUGGGCCGCACAGAGCGGUAGCGUGGAGAUGAUGUGUAAUCUGCACUACCUGGGAGCCGACUUCGUGUCCAGGACCUAUGUGGGGGAGACGGCCCUGCACAUUGCCGCGCAGUACAAUGACGGGGCCAUGAUCCAGGUGUUGCUCGCCUCCAACGCGGACAUCGAAGAACUGAACGUUGAUCUGAGGACGGCCCUGCACAUGGCUUCCGUGAAUGGUCAGACUGAAGCUUUGCAGACCUUGCUCUUCUACAAAGCAGAUUUUGAGAAGGUGGUCGAGGAUGAGAGCGGCAUGACGGCGUUCUUGUUGGCAGUCACUCAUGAGCGCCUGUCUGCUGUUCAAUGCAUGCUCUCCGACAUUCCUUUGCCUCCACGGUUGCCGAUCAAUGCGGGCACCCUGUCCGUGGCACCCAAAAAGGCGGGCAAGCGCACCGGUUCCCGGGAACCGCCGGAGCGGGCCGUCCCGGGACCCAAGGAUCCCAAGGCGGCUGGGGGCACCAAGGCGAAGGCGGCUCCAGCCCCAAAGACCCGGAUCGGCAACCGGAAGAAGCUGGUGAAGGAUGUGCGCGAAAAACGAGGUGACCAUCCGCGAGCCCUGCUGGAGCAUGCCGCCGAGAUCCGGACCAAGUUGGUGAAGACACCCUUCGGCAAGAUCGGGCGGCGCCUGGUGAAUCAAUGCGACCUGGAGGAGCGCAGUGCGCUGUGUCUAGCGGUCAUCGGACGCCAUUCCAACAUGGUGCAGAUCCUCCUGAGUUCCAAGGCGGAGCUGGAGACGACGGAUUCACAUGGCAAUGGAGUGCUGCACUAUGCAUGCAUGAACCGAGAUCGAGAGCAGGUGGCGACCUUCAUGGAUCUGAAUGCACGGGUCGAUCGGCUGAACAAAGAUGGCUUGAAACCUGUGGAUCUCUGCCAGGAAGACCCAGACAUCUUGCACAUGAUCGAGCGCAAGCUGGUGAGCAAGAAGCUGGAAACCUUGCCCCCCUCGCCCACCCAUGUGGCACCAGCGGUGGGGAUCAACUUGGAGGAGAGACAUCGGAUCCGCUUUGAGAGCCCCAUGCUACAAACCAUGGGGCAGGAAGCCAUCUUGAAAGAGCUGAAACUCUUCAUUAAGCAGCGGGGAGCACCCAAAGCCAAGAACAUCCAGGUGGAGCUGGACCCCAUCACUGCUAGACCCAGGGGCCACGCCUAUGCGGAUUUCUUGGAGGAAUGGGCGGCCGAGAUGGUACUGCAAGGGGAUGGGAAGCAGUUGAAUGGGCAGCCACUGAGGGUUUUCUUUGAGAUUCCAUUCCAGCUGGAACACCCAGCCGAAUAGCAGCUAGGUACCGCCCCCUUUGGGGGCGAGUUUCGUGGUGGGGUCCAGCUUUGAUGUUUUUUGGUGUUUGGCAUGGCAUUUUUUCG